UUCAGAAACACGUACCGGGGUAUAAUGGACGCCGAUGAGAUAAAAGGUUGGAUAGGUAUGUGGGAGGUGAAUACCAUACCAUGGCACAUCCAGCACGUGCACGAAGCCAUAGAGAAACAUCCCGAAAUACUGAUGACGUCACCGAUAGCAAAGAACAAAAUCUUCGUACCUCUUUGUGGGAAGACUGUCGAUAAAUGGCUGGCAGACCGCGGGAACGAGGUUGUUGGUUUGGAAGCAUCAGAAAAAGCGGUGAAAGACUUUUUUACUGAACAAAACAUUGAAUACACUUCGGAGGACGCCCCCACUGUGAAAGACAAACUAUACCGGUCGACUGAUAACAAGAUCAAACAUUACUGCUGUGACUUGUUUCUAUUUUCCGCUGAAAUAGAAUCUGGAUUUAGUGGGAUCUGGGAUCGAGGCUCCUUUGAGGCUAUGUUAUCAACAGACCGGACAAGAUAUAUCGAGUUAAUGAAAACUCUGAUAUAUCCGGGGGUCGGUUACUUGCUCGAGAUGCCAGAUCGCGAUCCGAGCAAAGGUCCGCCAUAUUGUGUACCCGUUGAUGUCCUGGAGACAGCAUUCGGGCCAGGCUGUAGUGUUGUGAAGCUGUUAGAAGUGGUAAACAAUCCACAAGGAAUUCUUUCCGAGCCUGACGUAAAAGGAGUCAAUGUUUAUCACCUAAACUUUCAAUAAUAACAACAAAACAAAA